CAGUGAGCAACUCUCUCUCCUGCAAGUUGCAAGUGCUUUGAUAUAAGUCAAAGAAAGAAAUUCAGGAGAGAAAAAUAUCGACUGUCACUUGACUUUAUCAUUAUAAUACAAAAAUCUUGUUUCUCUCGAGUGGGAAUUUAAAGAGAGACACAUCAAUAAAAAAUUUAUAAUAAUAAAAAUAAUUAAUUACUUUGUAUUUAGUUGCCAACUGCAACUGUUAUAACUUGCAAAUUGCAAUGACUUAUUUAGUCCAAUCACCAGAUAUUUAUUUUCAAUUAGUUUUAUAAAUUUAUUAUAGAAAAAAAAAAAAAAAUAAAAUUUACUUGUCAAGUUAUGAUAUAUUUGUGUAAAUUAUUUAAAUGUAAAUUUAAUCAAGAUCAAUAUUUAAAUAUUAAAAAAUAUAUAAUUCAUCACAGAAGUAUAUUUUGGAAGAAAAAAAUUUAAUUUAACAAUAUAAAAUUUUUUGUUGUUAUUAUUAGUUUAUAUAUUUAUUUUUGCAUCACAUAUACUGACUUUAACUUGUCAUACUUGUCAGUUGACGUGAAAGUGAUAACACUUGAUUAAUUAUAAUUCAACAAGAUGGGACUUGAUAAAUUAGUCUAUUGGUAUCAAAAAAAAAUUGGAACAUAUGACAAGCAACAGUGGGAAAGAACUGUAGAGCAGAGAAUUUUUGGUGGUUUAACAAAUGUUCCAAUGAGAACAGCUAAAUUAAAGACUGAAUUUAUUGAUGUUGAUCUUGUUAGGGGUUCCUCGUUUCCCAAGGCCAAAGCUAAACAUGGUCUUGUCACGGUUACAUGGUUGGCUGUUAAACAACUUGUAUUUCUUCCAUUUUACAAAAACUGGUGGAUUCAACAAACAAGUUUUAAAAUAUUUUUAUUAUUUUUUUUUUUAUAUUGUUUACAAAUUUUUAAUAUUUAUAUUUAUCUUGGAGGUGCAAAAGACACAAAUGAUACAAAUAUGGUAACAAUGACAGAAGUUUUAAUGCCAGUUGUUAUGAUGUUUAUAUUGUGCACUGUUCAUUCACAAAUAGUGUCAACAAAUUCAGAUCCAAUAACGGUAAAUGGACAUAAAAGAUCACGUAUGAGAAGAUCAAGAAAUGAAAGAAAUCGUUCUGGUAAAUUAAGAACAAGAAGAAAUCCACGUUAUACUGAUCAAGAAAUAUCAACACAAGAUAUAUCAAUUUUAAAUGAAUCAUCUGGUAAAAUAUAUCCAACAAAUGUUACAGCAUCUGUUAAAUUUUCUAAAAAAGUUUGUAUCAAUAUGAAAGUGUUGACAGCAACUGGUACAUCAGAAAAAUUACAGGUAGAAAGAAUUGUUGCUAAUUCAAGAUUACCAAAUAACGAGACAAUUGUUAAAACAACUGUUGAUAUUGAUGUUCCUUCAUGUUCAAAAAUAACUGAAGAAAAAGAAAUUAUUGAAAAAAUAAAUAAUGACAAAAUACAAUCAAGUAUUGAUACAACAAUAAUUAAAGAAGAAAAUACAGAUAUAGUUCAACAAGAUGAUGAUGGUUUUGAAAGUUUAAAUGGAAAUUUAUCAAGUGACAAUGAUCCAUUAAUUUUAUCAACUCAAACAUCAUUAGAAAAUGAUGAUUUAUUAGUCAACAAAGAAUUAUUAAUAAAUAAAGAAACAAGAAAUUCAUCAACAGAUAAUUCAAAUAAUUGUUUAGAUGUUAAUAUUGGAAUUAGUAAUUGUCUAGGUAAAACAAGUACACCAGAAAAAAAACAAUGUGAAAGUGAAGAAGAGGGUGAAUGUGAAGAUGGUGGUACAAAUCAAUUAACUGAAGCAACAACAUCAGCAACUGAAUGGCUUGGUGUUACAACAAAUAGUGAUGAUUGUAGUUACAGUUCUGAUAUUAAUGAAUCUGAGGGACAUAGUGAAACAAAUAAUUUUGGAUAUGGUGAGUUUGUUGAACAUCCAUUUUCAUGGGACCUCGAUCUUCAACCAUCAAUUCUUCUUAAUUCGAGUUGUACGGCAUCUGAUCGAGUUUCAUGCACAAUUUGGACAAGAGGAGAUAUUAAAAAAGCUGAAUUAUCUGUUCUUGAUAUUAGUUCAUCAAUAAUUGCUAAAGCUGAAUCAAUGCCUGAAAGUAUGGAUUAUUUUUAUGGUGGACUUGUUUUAUCAAUAAUACUUGCAGUUAUACCAUCAAUAAGAAGAUUAAGUGAUUAUUUUAGUUCUGAUAUUACAAAUAAUUUGGUUAAUGAUAAUUUUGGUAUUUUUGAAUUUGCUGGUAUUAAUUUACAAAUGUAUACUAAUUUUAUUUGUAAAAUUAUUGAUGUUGCAUUUGGUAGUACUCUUUGGGAAAGAACGGUAUUGGUUAUUCUUUCAUUUGAAAGAUUUAUACUUUCUUGUUUAUUGUUUUUUCUACUUGGAGUUGCUGAACGUACAUUUAAACAAAGAUUGUUAUAUGCUAAAUUAUUUUCACAUUUAACAUCAUCAAGACGUGCAAGAAAAUCUGAAUUACCACAUUUUCGUCUUAAUAAAGUUAGAAAUAUUAAAACAUGGCUCAGUGUCAGAUCAUAUUUGAAGAGAAGAGGACCUCAACGUUCAGUUGAUGUUAUUGUUUCAGCUGUAUUUAUUGUAACUUUAUUGUUACUUUCAUUUGUAAGUCUUGAAUUAAUAAAAGAUUUAGAAAGCUUACAAUCACGAUAUAAUAUUGAAGCACUAUUUUGGAGUUUUACACUUGGUAUUUAUAUACUGAGGUUCAUGACACUUGGAACAAAAAUUAAUAAAAAAUAUAGAAAUUUAUCUGUUUUAAUAACAGAACAGAUAAAUCUUUAUUUACAAAUUGAACAAAAACCACAUAAAAAAGAUGAACUAACAGUUGCAAAUAGUGUUCUAAAAUUAGCUGCUGAUUUAAUUAAGGAACUUGAAAGCCCAUUUAAAAUAUCUGGACUAUCUGCAAAUCCAUAUUUGUAUACAAUAACUAAAGUUGUUUUACUUUCUGCAUUGUCUGGUGUUCUAUCCGAAUUACUUGGUUUCAAAUUGAAACUUCACAAAAUUAGCAUUAAGUAGUUGACAAAGUGAUAAUAAAAUUCAUCGAUUAUAAGUCUUUAUUAUUAUUUUUUUUUUAUUAUCAUAUAUAAAUUAAUGAUGUGAUUGAAGCAUCCAGUGAUUUAAUUUUUUUUUUUUUUUUUUGUUAUGUUAUUUAAUCUAGAUACGUACUUGAAAUUUUUUUUUUAUUUUUUGUUGUUUGUUUUAAAUUAUUAUACAAGUAAAUAUAUAUAUAUUUUUUUUUUGUGUUAUAGAUAAUUUUAUAUUGAAUAUUUCAAUAUAAAAAUUAUAGAAUAAUUAUUAGAAUAAUAAGACUAUGCAUUUUUUAAAUAGAACACAUGACUGUUACGAUUGUUUAUUGUAAAUACCUAUAUAAAAAAAAAAAUGCUAAAUAUAUAUGUAUGUAAAACUUGACACCUUGUUUUAUAUUCAAAAAAAAAAAAAAAUUAUUCAUUUUUUCUUUUUAAUUUAAAUUUAUUCAAUCAAGUACAUUUAACUAAUUUUUUUCUUUAUUAAUUUAUUGCACUUUUUGUUUACAAAUUUAAUUUCAAAUUGGAAAAUUUUCUUGGCUUUAAUUGAAUAUGAAUAAUUAUAAAAAUUAAAUUAUUUAUAAAAAUCAAAAAACAGCAUGAUUAAAUUUAACAAAAUAAUUAUUUAAUAUAUUGAUUAGUUUAUAAAUAAGUAAAUAACAAUAAAAUUUAAAUUUUUAAAUUUAAAA